AUGUCUUCUCGAUACCCUCCUUUGUCUGGGUUCAAUUCCCGCGAUCGUUCCCCCCAGCGCUUCGGUGACCGUCGACCUCCCGUCGGCCCCCGUGGCGCUGAUGAUGCUAUUCCACCCCCUCUUGGUAGAGAGCCGCCCCGUGGACCCAAGGCCUUGAUAGACCCUCCGAGAGGGGGUCCGUUUGGUGGUCGAGGUCGGGGUUAUCCAGGCCGCAGUGACUUUCGCGAUAGGGACCGUGAUUUACGAGAUCGAGAUCGAGAUCGCGACCGAGACUUCCGUGAUAUUCGAGAUGGACCUCCUCCAUUUCGCCGUGAUAUUGAUCGAGACUGGGGCCGUCGCGACCGUGAUUUCGACCCCAGAGAUUCGCGCGUCGGUUUUGGUCGCGGCCGCUCCCGCUCCCCUCCCCGCGACUUUCGCGACUUGAGAGAACCGUUAGGACGGGACCCUGACCUGGUUCGCAUGCGACGAGGCUCUCGAGAUAGCUUACUCUCUGCCUCAUCAAAUGCACCCGACGGCCCACCCUUAGGAGUUGGCCACCACCCCCGUAGUGGUCCAAUUCGUGGCCGUGGCCGUGGUGACUGGGAGGGUGGACGGGGCCGGGGUCGUGUUCCUUACCUAGAUGAUCGCGAUUCGUUUCGUCGUCGAAGUCGUUCUCGGGAUGGAAGAUGGGAUCGUGACCGUGAGCGGGAUCGUGAAAGGGAUCGCGAGAGAGAAAGAGACCGAGACCGAAUUAUGAUCGAUCGCGAACGGGAAAGGGACCGAAUUAUAGAUCGCGAACGUGAGCGUGAGCGGGAUCUAGACCGACGCGACCGCGAGAGAGAGCGCGAAAUAGAUCGACGUGAGCGCUUUGACCGUCGGGAUGAAUUAGACAGACGUUUCGAACGUGAUGACCGUGAUCGACCAACUGAUCAUUGGAAGAGGGAUCGCCCUCCUAGUCGAACCGAGACUCGAAUGCCUCCUAACUCCAAUCCAAACUCCAUACCACAUCCUCCUCCGCCGGCUGCACCACCUGCUCCUACUCUCUCCGAAAGAAUUCCCGAUCAUCCGGCUCCAGAGCAGACACGCAAGCCAUCUGUAUCAGAAGCCCGUCGCGAAGCAGAACGCCCCGACCCCCUCCCGCCUCGUCCGGAACCUGUCAAGGAUUUUGCCCCGCCAGUCAAGCGCUCGCCGCCACCGUCUGCUCCCCAGGUACCUGCAUUUGGGUCUGUUAAUGCUCCUAUCCCUGGUCUGCCCGCAGAAAAGCCUGCAGCCGAGGCAGCCCCGAGCGGCCCGACAGCCGUAAGGGUGGACAAAGAUCGAAAUGAACACCCCCCACCGCGCGCUUCCAUGCAACCACCCACCGGGCCAAAAGCCGAUCGUGCACCACCACAGCAGCCACUAGAGCAGCGAGUCAGACGUGAUGAGAGCGCUGAAGGCUUCACUAAACAGGACACCACACCACGAGCCCCAAAAUCACAUCCCGGGCCACCAGUCAGUGCACGAAAACAAACGCCAGACCUUUCACCGCCUACAGCGCCAGCAGCGAUGGCCAGCAGGGACUCUGUAACAGGACAUGUAGAACCAUUGUCGGGUAGUAAACCUACGCCCCCCGUUACAUCGCCUGUGUUUGGGAGAAGAGAGCCACCUCCAGCUCGUCAGACUUCUCCCGGCCCACAAACGUCCCCUCGUACUCAGUUGUCAAGCAUUCCUACAGGCCCUCGGGCUCUUCAACAGCGACCGGCUGCUCCACGAGGGCCACCGAAAGGCAGCAAACAAUGGGUCCGUCCUGGUUAUUCCCGGCCCCCUUCUGGUCCUAAUUCGACUCCUCAUAAGCGUGACUCUAUUGAUGGAAAAGAACAGGCGGUUUUCACCAGCGAAGAAUCGCGACGAGAGCCACCCAGGUUUCUUGACCACAAGGACGAAGAGGACGACGACGACGACGAGAUAGAGGCGGGUGAGAUUGUGAGCCCUCAUGAGCCAGAGGAACCACCCGUACUAGCCGAACCCCCCAAACAAAUAUCUCCUCCCCGUGAUCCUAGCCCUGUGCGAAUUCCCACAGAGAAAGUGGCUUCCCCAAAGCGAGAAAACGAAGGCGUUGAAAGCCAGAGUAAAACGCUUAUACCAGACUUCGGUCAGUCGACUGACGAAGACGAGGACGAGAAUGUGGUUUUCACCCAGGACUACCUUGAAGAAAGAAAGCAAAUCUUCGAGAAGGACAUGGAAGCAUUACGGGCAGAGAUGCCUCUCUCACCUUUGGAGGAUCCGAGUAUCAUCAGCCUACUGAUGAAAAUCCAGAUGCUGGGAAUGAUUGCCAACGAUGUUCCCGCUGAGGCUACUCCAGAGCAACCGACUCCGGAGCAGCCGCCGCCUGUAGAGGUUCCCAAGAUACCAAGCAAAGAUCUAGACAUCACGCUCGUAUCUAAACCAGACAAGGAGCCCGAGGAGGACCAGGAACCCUCAGCCAAAGUAAUCAUUGAGUCACUUCCGGCGGCCGAGCUCACUUCCGUCGAAGCCUUACCAUUUCUCAACUCAGGCCCGCCCACGCCUUUAUCCGACCUAGAAGUUUACCAAGAGAAUGCAUCCAACCACGAGGGUUUCAAAGAAACAUUCCUUGCUGAAAUGAUGAAGCGGCGAAAGGAGAUUUCCCAAAAGAAUGCAUCACUCCGGGAUGAUUACAUGUCCUAUUACAAGCCCUGGCGACUGAAUAUUUGGGAACUGGAUCACGCGAAAGAAAAGAAAUCAGCUACACCAGUCCCCACUCCGCCCCCUCCACCGCCUGUGCUUCCACCACCUGCUACGACCGCCGAAGGAAGACGGUACAAGGGUAACAGCGAGUUGGAUUUCCAGAACGCGCUCAGAGCAUCGGAGAUUUCAGCCCAGGAAGAACUAGAACGACGUCGAGGGAAAAAGAUCACUGCCCGACCUGAUCUCGGGCGAGAAGCAGUUAUUCCGGAUAUGCUUGAGCCAGAAGAGGUCAAGGCGACCAUAUACAAAGACAUGAACAACAUUAUUGACCCUACUAAGGCCAUGGAUGUCUUUGGAUUUGAGCCGCCGACUAACGAUUUCAGCCCCGAGGAACAUGCGAUAUUCACUAAUGCCUUUAUGACGUACCCCAAGAAAUGGGGAAAGAUUGCAGAGUCUUUGCCUGGGCGGGACUUCCAGCAAUGCAUAAUUCAUUAUUAUCUUACCAAAGAAGAAAUCAAAUACAAGGCAAAGCUGAACAAACGUUGGAGUCGCCGUGGCCGCGCUCGAAGAUCUGCUCGGCCCAAGUCCAAUGCCCUUAUGGCCGACCUGGGUGUUGUGAAGCCCGACUAUGAAGGCGAGGAGGAACCCCCUGCGGUGACGGAUACUGGCCGACCGAAGCGCGCCGCUGCUCCCACCUUUGGAGAUUCAUCGGCAGAUGCGGACAAUGCUGUCAAUGGCCGCCGAGGUAAUCCUUCUAAGGACGGUGAACCGCCAGAGAAACCCGUUGGCCGUCGUGGAGGCCGGGGUGGCGGAGGUGCCCGUGGUGGACGUGGAAGAGGAAAAGCAGCUCAGCAACAACCUACACCAUCACAAAUGUCACCAGCAGAACAACAACAGAUACCUAAUAUGGCUGUACCAGUCUCAGCCCCGGCAACUCCUGUCCCAAAGACAGAGGUCGAACCUACUUUGGAUGGUACAAACGAGACAAUGGUGGUACGACCUCAGGAACAACCUGAAAGACAACAGAACGAAUCUGUUCCACGCGCAAAGGCUGGGCGUGGACGUGCCAAAGAAGGCAUGUAUGUCUUCGAAUCAACGGAGACAGACGCUCCAACGCCCCCCAAGCAAGCUGAAGCUGGCGGCUAUGGAUCACAGCAUCCAUCAAGCUAUUGGUCUGUGCCGGAACAACGCGAUUUCAAGCUACUAUUGGCACAUUUUGGUCGAGACUUCGAGGGUAUCUCGAACUUUAUGAAGACCAAAACUACCGUCAUGGUCAAGAACUACUUCCAAAGACGUGUCGAUUCAGGCCAGAAAGAUUUCGAAGAUAUUGUUGUGGAAACGGAAGACAAGAAAGCACGCGGUGAACCCACAGGGCCGUUGCCUGUGCCCAGUGUUGCCCCCAAGCGGCGAUAUGAAGCGACACCAUCUUCAAUUAUGCAUCCUCGACCCCUUGCUCCGCAUACUGAUGUCGUCGUUGAGCCAGAGGAGAGUCGGUUUGCUGGUAAGGGUAAGCCUGUUGGCCUCUCGCCUCAGCCAAUGCCCCUGCACGCCCGGGCUCCGUCUGAGAAGGACCGCAACAUGGCCAGGUAUCCACCUCUUGCCCAAGCCACCAGCAGUGCGCCUAUGCCUUCUACGACGCUUCUCAGCGAAGACCCGUCUAGAGCGAUCCGUUCUCAUGUGGGAAUACAGCAGCGCAUGCCAGGCCCACGUAUGGGGUAUUUCACUGAGGAUAGACGAGAACAACCAGCGACAGUGCUCCCUCACACAACGCCUCGAGCCCAGGAAGCCCAGAUUUCAGCACGCCAAACGCCUAUUGCGGUGCCGGAAAUGUCACGCAUGGAGCCUCUUCAUGCGCAGAGUCUCCGCCCAUCAAAUGUUGAUAUGCAUGGGUCGCCAUUACUUUCGGCGCAAACUGGAGUGCCCCCGCCGCAGCAGACAUACAUGCAGUCUCAGCCGCAACCUCCACUCAUAUCAGCGUCUCAUUCUCGUAAUUCGAGUUUGACAAAACCCCCCAGCUCGCCGGCGCAAGCAGUGCAGAGACUGGAACCAGAGAUCUCGCCCAUUAGACGUGAAUCGAUUAGCCAAAGACCAUUCUACACGCUUCCUGGUCAGCAUGUUGGUAUUUCACAGCCACCCGUCUUGUCGCCGCCAAAGGAGCUUUCUCGACCAAGCUCCACUCCGGCCGAGCCAGCCGAGGCGCCUCGUCAGGUACCCGCUAAGCGGUCCAAUAUUAUGAGCAUAUUGAAUGAUGAGCCGGAGGAACCGCAACCAAGAAAGCGCCUUGCCACUGAGCAGUCAUCAGCUACCCCCGGCCCUAGCAAUGUAUCUCCGACGCGACCUGUGUAUUCGGGAAUGCACAUGUUGUUACAGCAAGCGGCCCCGUCACGUCAAGAGGAGCCACUUAUGUCCAGCUCACAGCAGAAGAGCUCCUCUUAUGCCCAACAAAGCCAAUACAUGGCACAGUCCCGCGCAUAUUCCGACUACCAACCUUACCAACCGGCUCCAGGAGGUUCUGGUGCACCGUCGAGUAACGACUGGAUGGCUCGGUUUGAUCCUAGAGGACAGCAGCAGCAACCCCCGCCGCAACAACCACAGCCUCAGCAUCUUAAUGGCCGUGCAGCUACUGCGCUUGGCCCACAACCUCCGUACUCUCCAUAUGCCUCAGCUCAACAGCAGCCUGGGCCGUCAUUGUCGAAUCUUACCGCACCCUCGCCUGCCCCGACGCCUUCGCCGGCUCCUGCUCAACGGUCGGGAUAUCCCACGUCUGUCUUUGCACAGCCAUCGGCCUCACACGCGCCAGCGACUGUGGUUAGUUCCCGCGACAUGCCCUCGCAAAGCCAAGUUUACCGCCAGACUGUCGGGUCACCACCAACGCGGAACAGCAGCAUUGCAUAUGGCACGCGACAAGGACCACCGACACCAAUUCAGUCCCCAGCCAAUUUGCUCAGCAUUGCAUCUCGGCAGCCAUCAGCUACUGCAUCUUAUACUUCCUCGGCCCAGGCAACGCCGGCCCAGAGCCAUAUGCCUGCUUCCCACCACCCUGGCGGCCAUCAAACGUAUCAACAGCAUGUUCAAACCAUGGUCAAUGGGGCGCAUCAGCAGCAGCCGCAUCGUUCGGCUAUUGGAUUGACGGGUGCACAAUACGGACACAGCACGCCACCGCCGGGAGCCCAGGGAUCUCGGGGGACAACUUUGCCUGGACCGGCCCAGUCAUUGAGCAUGGGGCGUUCAUAUACACCCCCAGCAGUUCUGCAUCCUAACCCAGCAGGUGGAAUGAGCUACGUGGCCAGCGGUCCUUCUUCAGUUGUUGGGUCUGUCCAUCCUCUUCAUCAGCGACACCCUACAGGAUCACUGAGUGAAGCGGCACCGACCCCAGGCCACCACCGAGUUUACAGUCAAGGGUCCAAUACAGGGCCGCUUCCCGGGCCAUUGACCCCACAACAUCCCCCGCGAUGA